AUGACUCCGUCUUACCAAGGGAAAACUUCUACGGCAAGCUUGCCAGUAAAAGUGAGAUCGAAGCCUAGAGUUCUUCGCUCAAGCGGCACGGAGCAUCCAAACCAAGUUUUCGUUAAUGUGUACAACAAUUCUGGAACUAUUGUGGUGGGCGACAAUAACGAAGUCACAGUUCGUACUUCUGCUUCCAGUACCACUGGAAUCUACUCCAUUUCGAACGAUGGACUAAGAAGUAAUUUUAUGUCCGCCGGUUUUACCCCAGGACAAAACGGCGUUGCAAAGUCGCAAAACACCGAUCUCUCCCAAAAUUCGAGCGGGCGAAGAUCAGCAAUUGGCGCACAGAUAACCAAGAUGACAAGUUUUUAUCCUGUCGUAAAACUUGAACAUUCUUUUGGAUGCGGACGAGGGAAGAGGAAGGGCUGUCAUGGAGGUGAAAGUCGACGAAAGGGAAGGAAGCGCUUUAAAAACCAACAACCCGAUUCGAGACUUUCCACUCCGAGUUCAGAUGUUGAUUUGGGACUCUCGCCUGCUUCCAUUGAACUUCCGCUCGACACUAAUAGCGCCAGUUUUCAACAAGGGCUUCAGUCGUUUCACCGUUUGUGCACUUAUUUACACCCUCCGCGUGACAAUGGCCGCUGGUCUGAGUUUGAUGUUCGCGCCCAACAACUUUUGGACCAAGCAGGCAUCAGUUUGACGGACCAAAUCAUAAUCGACCUUGAGAAAAGCGUGGCGUUGUGCUACCAGAAAAAGCUGGAUGAAUCUGAAGAUUUAAUAAACGAUGCAGAGAAGAGAUUUCCUCAGACCAGUGGAUCCAUUCGGCGCUUGCUUGAAAUGCUCUCAAACUGCUACAGAGCUGGACUUUAUCGAAGGCGAAAACGCUUUGGCCAGAAAAGACAGCAGUGGCUGCAUGCUGCAGAGACACUUGCAUAUGGCUUCCCACCCUGUUUGCCUGUUGGAAUCUUGCUCUACGAGGAAGGCACUUGCAAACGAGACGUAGCUUCUAUUCUGACAGGCCCAAGUAAAGAUGCAGCCAUUGGGGAAGCCAAGGAGCUUAUGCGGCGUUGCAUCGACUUGUGCUGUCGUUUGGAUCAUCAAGAGCACGUAUAUGUGAGAAAACAGCACGUUGCCGUUUCAAAAAUGGCGAUAAUGAAUCUUCAUUGUGAGACAAGUGUGUCCCGAAGCAGAAAAAUCGGGCCAAGUAAUGUGGUAGAGGCUGGAAAGCUUUUGGACACUCUUCAGAGUGAUUACUAUCGUCAAACAGAGGUUCAAGGAUCGAAGAUUCAAAGACUCAUUGCAAAUGUCGACCUAUUCUACCGCAUAGAAAAGUUCUCUGAAGCUGAAAAAGUUGGUCAGGAAGCGUUAGAAAUCGCCAAAAGACUGGAGUUUAAUCUGGAUGUGAUGCCGCUUGAAGAUCGGUUAACUGACAUCCGCCGAAAAAUAACAGAAUCUUCCAGCAGCGAAACUUAUCGAGAGAUUCCUAGAAUCAUUGACUCGUGUUCCGGUUCUUCCCGGAAUAACACGCCGUACUCUUCAGAGUUCGAGGACAAGGAACAGUUUUAA